CGGGUGCUGCCGAGCGCGUCCCUUCCUCACCAAUCCGGCUCCGGUGCCCGCCCGCCCGCGUUCUCUAGGCGCCUGCCGCACGGCCGCUCCGGCCCGACUCGCAGUCUCGGCCGGAGCGGGCGCCGUGAAGGGUUCAAGUCUGCGCUAGGGCACUGAAGAGCGUGAGGGUGUGGAGCCGCGGACCGGCCAGCGCCGCGCCAGCAUGAAGCAGCUGCCUGUGCCCUGUUGAAACUUCAUGGCCACAGCCUCAGGCCCUGCUGGCAUUGCCAUGGGAAGUGUGGGCAGCAGCCUACUGGAACGGCAGGACUUCUCCCCUGAAGAGCUUCGGGCUGCACUUGCCGGAUCCCGGGGCUCCCGCCAGCCUGAUGGGCUUCUCCGGAAGGGCUUAAGCCAACGUGAGCUCUUCAGCUACCUGCACCUUCCCAAGAAGGACGGCAAGACCACCAAACGGGCACCCCGAAACGAGCCUGCUGACUAUGCCACCCUCUAUUACCGGGAACAUUCUCGGGCAGGUGACUUCAGCAAGACAUCGCUGCCUGAGCGAGGCCGCUUUGAUAAGUGCCGCAUUCGCCCUUCAGUGUUCAAACCUGCAGCAGGCACCGGGAAAGGUUUCCUGUCCAUGCAGACCCUGGCUGCCCACAAGGGCCAGAAACUGUGGCGCAGCAACGGCAGCCUGCACACACUGGCCUGCCACCCGCCCCUGAGUCCAGGGCCCCGGGCCAGCGAGGCCCGUGCACAGCUGUUGCAUGCCCUGAGCCUGGAUGAGGGUGGCCCAGAGCCAGAGCCCAGCCUGUCUGACUCCUCCAGUGGGGGUAGUUUUGGCCACAGUCCUGGCACCGGCCCCAACCCCUUCAGCUCCUCCCUGGGCCACAUCAACCACCUUGGGGGCUCCCUGGACCGGGCCUCGAGGAGCCCCAAGGAGGCUGGGCCUUUGGCUGUGCUGAGCUGCCUGCCUGAGCCACCACCCCCGUACGAAUUCUCCUGCCCCACUGCUGAGGAAGUGGUGGCGGUGCUGCCACAGACCUGUGAUGAGCUCAAGAGGGACCUCGCUGACCAGGAUGGCUCUAACCCCUUCACGCAGGUGCUAGAAGAACGCCAGCGGCUGUGGUUGUCUGAGUUGAAGCGUCUGUAUGUGGAACGGCUGCACGAGGUGGCCCAAAAAGCCGAGCGCAGCGAGCGCAACCUGCAGUUGCAGCUGUUUAUGGCCCAGCAGGAGCAGCGGCGCCUGCGCAAAGAGCUACGGGCCCACCAGGGUCUGGCCCCUGAGCCUCGGCCCCCUGGCUCCCUGUCAGAGUCCGACCCCAGUGCUGGGCCAGAGGAGGAAGCCCGAUGGGAGGUGUGCCAGAAGACAGCCGAAAUUAGUCUCUUAAAGCAACAGCUGCGGGAAGCCCAGGCCGAGCUGGCACAGAAGCUGGCGGAGAUCUUCAGUCUGAAGACGCAACUUCGGGGCAGCCGGGCACAAGCCCAGGCUCAGGACGCAGAGCUGGCCCGGCUGCGUGAGGCCGUGCGCAGCCUGCAGGAGCAGGCCCCCAGGGAGGAAGCCCCAGGCAGCUGUGAGACUGAUGACUGCAAAAGCAGGGGGUUGCUGGGGGAGGUAGGGAGCAGUGAGGAGGAUGGCACCGAGCAGCUGCGGGCAGAACUGCUACAAGAGCGGCUUCGGGGUCAGGAGCAGGCACUGCGCUUCGAGCAGGAGCGGCGGACUUGGCAGGAGGAGAAGGAGCGAGUGUUGCGCUACCAGCGGGAGAUCCAGGGGGGCUACAUGGAUAUGUACCGCCGCAACCAAGCGCUAGAACAGGAGCUGCGGGUGCUGCGGGAGCCUCCCACACCCUGGAGCCCUCGACUAGAGUCUUCCAAGAUCUGAGGCCAGCAGAGUGAGCUGACAGCAGAUGUACUGUCAGAAGAAGCCCUAAGACAGCUGGCUCCUCCCUUACACUGGUGUGGGGCAGAAAUCUGCAGAGGCCAGCCAAAGAUGAGAGGCCCACCGAGAGAAGAGAGGAGGGAUCCAGUGGGUGUUGAGCUGGAUAGGGUGCUGGCUGCAGGAGCCAGGGCAAGGCCCUCCUGGUACAGCAGCACCCAGGCAGGGCCCAGCCCUGCUCCCUGGAGUGGGUGUGGCCCAGUGAAGGAGGUUGAAGAGUCUAUAGCUCCAUGAUGGA